AAAGAGAGGGAGAGGGACAGCUAGGCAGACCCUGAACGAGUGGCAGGCAGCCCAGAGACCGGAGAAGAGAUCAAGCAAAAGAGCAAGCCUAGGAAAGCGAGCGAACUAUAGGGAGUAGGGAAGACCGAGACUGAAGAGUAGAGAGGAAGGCAGACGGACGCACGCUGGGACAGACAGACUGAGCAGGCGCCCGAGAAACGCUCAGGUUCCUCCCGCCUUUCCCGUUGAAAGUCAGGAUUUUGCCUUUUCCGUGGCGCCCGAGAGAGAAUGCUUGACUCUGUCGAUUUCAGCGCAAGCUAAGAUUUCUCAGCUAGAAAAGAAAGAUAUUCCCAAUCCUGAUAGGGGGGAAACUAAGCUCCUCUGACCCCACCCCCAUCCCCUCCCCCACCCGACCAAAACUCGGGCGCCAAACCCAGCCCUUCCCUAACCACCCGACUUCCUCUUCUUCUUUCUAGCAUGGUGGCUGUAUGGACAGUCUGACAGAACAGAGACUGACAUCUCCCAAUCUGCCGGCCCCCCACCUGGAACACUACAGUGUUCUGCAUUGCACCAUGACCCUGGAUGUGCAAACUGUAGUCGUUUUUGCCGUGAUUGUAGUCCUCCUGCUUGUCAAUGUCAUACUCAUGUUUUUCCUGGGAACGCGCUGAAUGGAGUCCAGCCACCUGAGCUGUCGCGAACUCUCGCUUUGAUUUCAUCUUGAGAGCCACCGAGAGAGAGAGAGAGAGAGAGAGAGAGAGAAAAAGACAGGGAAAGAGGGAGAUAAAGAGCAAGCUUUCUUACCGGGGGGAAAACGUUUUGAGCUUCAACAUGGCCUCGCUGUGAUAUAACUGCCAGGAAGACCUAGUGAGCUUAUGAAUAUGAAGACAACUUGGAAAACAAAAUGUGCUGAAAAGAUGGAAGAAGUGCUGCUUAAUGUUUUCAAAGAAAAAGCUUUGGGUGACUGGAACCCAAUGACCUGAACUGGGUAGAAGAGAUUUCGUUUUUGGGGAUGCAAAGAUUCUCUGAGGAGACACCUACGUUCUCUUUGGAAAUGCAGGCCAAGGCCCAGAGAGCUUCUGCCGAGACUGUGGAGGAAGACUUAAAGCUGAUCCCUGGAGAUUCCAUCGUUAGUGCUGAGGCAGUAUGGGAUCACGUCACCAUGGCCAACCGGGAGUUGGCAUUUAAGGCUGGCGACGUCAUCAAAGUCUUGGAUGCUUCAAACAAGGAUUGGUGGUGGGGCCAGAUCGACGAUGAGGAGGGAUGGUUUCCUGCCAGCUUUGUGAGGCUUUGGGUGAACCAGGAGGAUGGGGUGGAAGAGGGGCCCAGUGAUGUGCAGAAUGGGCACCUGGACCCCAACUCAGACUGCCUCUGUCUUGGCCGGCCACUACAGAACCGAGACCAGAUGCGGGCCAAUGUCAUCAAUGAGAUCAUGAGCACUGAACGUCACUACAUCAAGCACCUCAAGGACAUUUGUGAGGGCUAUCUGAAGCAGUGCCGAAAGAGAAGGGACAUGUUCAGUGAUGAUCAACUGAAGGUAAUAUUUGGGAACAUUGAAGACAUCUACAGGUUUCAGAUGAGCUUCGUGAGAGAUCUGGAGAAACAAUACAACAAUGAUGACCCCCACCUCAGUGAGAUAGGACCCUGCUUCCUAGAGCAUCAAGAUGGAUUCUGGAUAUACUCAGAAUAUUGUAACAAUCACCUGGACGCCUGUAUGGAACUGUCCAAGCUGAUGAAAGACAGCCGUUACCAGCACUUCUUUGAGGCCUGUCGCCUUUUGCAGCAGAUGAUUGACAUUGCUAUUGAUGGUUUCCUUUUGACUCCAGUGCAAAAGAUCUGCAAGUACCCCUUACAGUUGGCUGAGCUUCUCAAGUAUACUGCCCAAGACCACAGUGACUACAGAUAUGUGGCAGCUGCUUUGGCUGUCAUGAGAAAUGUGACUCAGCAGAUCAAUGAACGCAAGCGACGUUUGGAGAAUAUCGACAAGAUUGCCCAGUGGCAAGCUUCUGUACUAGAUUGGGAGGGUGAAGACAUCCUAGACAGGAGCUCGGAGCUGAUCUACACUGGGGAGAUGGCCUGGAUCUAUCAGCCCUAUGGCCGCAAUCAGCAGCGGGUCUUCUUCCUGUUUGACCACCAGAUGGUCCUCUGUAAGAAGGACCUGAUUCGGAGAGAUAUUCUGUACUACAAAGGCCGCAUUGACAUGGAUAAAUAUGAGGUAGUUGACAUUGAAGAUGGCAGAGAUGAUGACUUUAAUGUCAGCAUGAAGAAUGCUUUCAAGCUUCACAACAAGGAAACUGAAGAGAUACAUCUGUUCUUUGCCAAGAAGCUAGAGGAGAAAAUACGCUGGCUUAGGGCUUUCAGAGAAGAGAGGAAGAUGGUACAGGAAGAUGAAAAAAUUGGCUUUGAAAUCUCUGAAAACCAGAAGAGGCAGGCUGCAUUGACUGUGAGAAAAGUCCCUAAACAGAAAGGUGUCAACUCUGCCCGCUCAGUUCCUCCUUCAUACCCACCACCACAAGACCCGUUAAACCAGGGCCAGUACCUGGUCCCCGAUGGCAUCGCUCAGUCGCAGGUCUUUGAAUUCACCGAACCCAAACGCAGCCAGUCACCGUUUUGGCAAAACUUCAGCAGGUUAACCCCUUUCAAAAAAUAAUACCUAUAGGGAGGCAGAUAAUUUUAAAAUAAAGUAAAUAAAAUUAUAUUUAUAGAUGG